CGUUCGCAACAGUGCUUGGCCAGAGCCUAUCGCAUGCACGGUUUGCGGUGAGGCCAGCCCCUGUCCCCGCCACCUGUUUUCUGUUUGUUUUUCUGCGGUACCCACGUGCUCGUUCGGCGGGCCUCAUCCCAAGCUUAAGGGUCGCAGGAGAUUGCCAUCACUUAGGGAACCGUAGCAACCUCGCUGCACAGGUUGGGAGAGUAUAUGACAUCACAGGGUCCAUCGUCGAUCUUUGCAAGAGCAUCAGGCCCUGCGUGGCGGUACACUACACGCAGUAGCACCAGUCAGCCUUGCUAACGUGUACCCUUUGCAGGUGUCAUUGCAGAUCCUGCGCUGCUGCCACGAGCUGUCGUUGUCACACCAGCAUGAUCCGUACCGGCAGGGCCCACGGGUGGCUCAAGCAGCCAAUUGACACUCUCUCAACAUGGGCAACCUUCCACGGUGUUUCCUUUAAUGGCAUCAAAAUCGGUCCCUUGCCAGGCUUUGAAGACAGAGGUUCGACCGUCAUCGCGGACCGUAAGCUUGAGGGAGGCAAAGUGGAGCCUCUUCUCGUGGUGCCGAAAGAGCUCAUCAUAUCGCGACAGAACAUUGAGUUGUUCGCAAAGUCGGAUCGUCACUUACGCGAAGUGCUCGAGGCCGCAGGAGACUUUGGAAGGACAACCAGAGGUGCGGUACUUAUCUUCCUUCUUAUGCAAGCGACUAUCUGCUGUCCGGAUAUCAAAGAUGUUGGCGUGCUAAAUCCUCUCACCGAAUACAUCAAGUACCUUCCAGAUGAGCUUCUGCCAACAUUCUGGUCUGAAGAGGAGCAAGAAUUGCUCACAGGCACAACCUUGCAGCCAGCAGUACGUGCAAAGCUCAACAGCUUGCUGCGUGAGUUUGAGCUUGUACGAACCGCCACAGAGAAGAUUGAGUGGUGCGCAAGGUACUGGUGGGAUGAAGACACUGGUCUUGUCAACUUUGACGACUGGAUGUGUGUCGAUGCAAUGUACCGAUCCAGAGCGUUAGAGUUCCCGGGUGUAGGUGACUGCAUGUGUCCAUGUGUGGAUAUGGCGAACCAUGCCUCUGGUGACGCCACUGCCGCUCUCUAUGAGACAGAUGAAGAUGGUGACGGUCUACUCCUGCUCCGGCCUGGCAAAGACAUAGGUAAAGAUGGAGAGAUCACCAUAACAUACGGAGACGACAAAGGGGCUUGUGAGAACAUCUUCUCGUAUGGCUUCCUCGAGGACUCUAUGGCUUCAGCAAAGGUCAUGCUUCUGAAUAUUGACAUUCCAGACGACGACCCUCUACGUCCUGCGAAGAUGUUUGUCUCCACAGCAGCACCAGGCUUCCGACUUUUUGAGAAGGAUGGAGCCAUCGACUGGGAAAGCGACUUCAUCUGGCUUGUAAUAGUCAACGAAGAAGACGGACUGGACUUCAAGGUCAGACAGACUGUCGAGGGCAAGCGUGAGAUCCAAUCUCUUUGGAGAGACGAGGAGCUACGCGACACCAGCAAGCUACGGGAGCACCUGCAUGGGGACCCGUUAUGGGACGUUUAUCACCUUCGAGCUACGGUGUUGCUCCAGGGUCGCGUGGAUGUGCAGAUUGCGCUUUUAAAAGCAGUAGGGAAUCCAUCUAGAGAAGCAACGAUACGCCAGUUUCCCUGGAGCCUUGCGAGCCGACUCCGUAACCUGGAAAUGGACAUGCUCGAAAGGGCUACGGACGCACUUGAAAGUCAGAAAUCGAGACUCUUGGAGUCUGCAGUCGUCCAGCAGUAUCUUGGUCUCGGUGAGGAGUCCGAGGAGGUCGAUUUCACUUGAGCUGGCAGAAAUCACCGGCCUGGGGACUUUCUACGUUAACAAGUCCUGUCACGGGAAAGAUGUGCAGGGACUGAUGUACUGGCAUGUUUGACGUGCCGAUCAGGGCAGUCUUACCAAUACAGUAACUUUUAGACCCGUGAAAACUCCAUUCAUACAACACUUGGAAUUUAACCACAAAGUGUUCUCCCCUUUGGGGCAAUUGCCUCCAGUCUAAC